GACGACUAAAUGGAGCGUUAUGAAGAUGACAGAGGACAGAGAGGUGCAUCAAUAUCCGUCCUCCUGCUCCAUCAUUGCAGCCUUCCCUACCACAGAUACCGGACAGUACUGGUGUAAAACUGGACUGGGAGAAACCAGUGACCCUGUCAACAUCACCGUCACUGCUGGCUCUGUGAUCCUGGAGAGUCCAGUCCAUCCUGUGAUGGGGGGAGAAGAUGUGACUCUGAGCUGCAGAAGUAAAAUCACGCCUGAUUACGACCCCUCAGCUGAUUUCUAUAAAGAUGGCCUCCACAUCGGGAUGAGCGCCACAGGAAACUUGACCCUCUACAGUGUUUCCAGGUCUGAUGAAGGGCUCUACAAAUGUAACCGGUCUGAAAUAUCACCAGAGAGCUGGCUGGUUGUCAGAGCGCCGCCUGCAGGCCAGGAUACUCCAGCUUUCCAGCUGCCACUGGUGCGUCACCUGGUGGUGGGAACUCCUUACCUUCUGUCCACCAUCAUACUGGGACUCAUAUACAGAGACAGAGUCAAAGCGCAGCAUGCCAGUAAAGCAAGGCGAAUGUCUAAUGAUGUCAUAAUAGAAAUUGCUGCAUAGACACCAUUGACAUCUAAGAGGGAGGAGCAUCUUCACAUCUGACUCAGCAUAAAGAAGAAAAUAUUCCAGUUUCUGCUGUUUAAUUUCAUUUUUAUGUAUACUGUCAUUCUGUAGACGGUACUUGCAGUUGUCUUUCUGAACAUUAUAUUUAUGUUUGACCUG